AUGGAUGGAGGGAAUCACUCAGUUGUGUCUGAGUUUGUGUUUCUGGGACUCACUCAUUCAUGGGAGGUCCAGCUUCUCCUCCUGGUGUUCUCCUCCGUGCUCUAUGUGGCAAGCAUGACUGGGAACACCCUCAUUGUGUUUUCUGUGACCACUGAUCCUCACUUACACUCCCCCAUGUACUUCCUGUUGGCCAGUCUCUCCUUCAUUGACUUAGGAGCCUGCUCUGUCACCUCACCCAAGAUGAUCUGUGACCUCUUCAGAAAGCGUAAAGCCAUCUCCUUUGGAGGCUGCAUUGCUCAGAUCUUCUUCAUCCACGUCAUUGGUGGUGUGGAGAUGGUGCUGCUCAUCGCCAUGGCCUUUGACAGAUACGUGGCCAUAUGCAAGCCUCUCCACUAUCAGACUAUCAUGAGCUCACGAAUAUGCAUUUUGUUCCUGGGUGCCGCCUGGGCCCUUGGUGUCAGCCACUCACUGUUCCAACUAGCAUUUAUUGUUAAUUUACCCUUCUGUGGUCCUAAUGUAUUGGACAGCUUUUACUGCGACCUUCCUCGGCUCCUCAGACUGGCCUGUACCGACACUUACAGGUUGCAGUUCAUGGUCACUGUCAACAGUGGGUUUAUCUGUGUUGGUUCUUUCUUUAUACUCCUCAUCUCCUACAUCUUCAUCCUGUUUACUGUUUGGAAACAUUCCUCAGGUGGUUCAUCCAAAGCCCUCUCC